AAGAUAAGUUUCGGCCGUUCCUACCUCCGACGUUCAUUCGUACAUCCUACCUGGCACGUUGACAGUCUCGGGAGUGCGCAUCAGUCUCAGUCGGCGCCCUGAUAUCGAAUCGACGAGUGUUUGUGAAACCGCCGUGCAAGCUUGCAAGAUUUCACGAGAGAUUCACCGUUCAUUAAAUACCGGGAAGACAGAAAGACGAUUGGGAAAGAUGUGCGAGCUAAAUAAUUUGGACGAAUGUUACGGAGUAGCUGAAGAAUUGGUCUUGUACGCAGGAAAGGUAAUAGAAGAUGGUAUCAGUAGCAGAAAGAAUGUCAAGAGCAAGGGGAUUGACUGGGAUCUUGUCACAGAAUACGACCGCAAAAUAGAAGAUAAAUUAAUAAAACAAUUGUCGAUAAAGUUUCCAUCGCACAAAUUUAUCGGAGAAGAAACGGCAGCGAAGGAAGGCUGUCUACCGCAGCUGACCAAUGAUCCUACGUGGAUAAUAGACCCGAUAGACGGUACCACCAAUUUCGUACACCGCUUUCCACAUACGUGCAUCUCUUUGGCGUUUCUAGUGAACAAGAAGGUGGAAAUCGGGAUAAUAUACAAUCCCCUUAUGAGGCAAUUCUUUUCGGCGAGGAGGCACUGCGGUGCCUUCCUCAAUGGGAAGCCCAUCAAAACCUCCGACAUCAAAGACAUAUCGCAAUCAUUGGUGGCCAUGGAACCAUGGCUCGCAAAGGAUCCUCAGCAUUUAGUCAGCGUCUAUAGCAGAAUGCACGCUUUAGUACAAGGAACUCAUGGAAUAAGAUCACUAGGAACAGCAGCGCUUACAUUGUGCUACGUAGCAAUGGGAGCUGUGGAGGCAUAUCAUAUCGAAGGUAUCGAUGCCUGGGACGUUGCAGCAGGGAAAUUAAUAAUCGAAGAAGCAGGUGGAGUUGUGAUAGACACCGCUGGGGGAGAACUGGAUCUGAUGAUUCCAAGGGUCAUAGCGGCAUGUAAUCAGCAAAUUGCACAACAACUUGUGGAUCUUGUUAAGAAAGCCGACUCCGAGAUACUUAACAAAAACUUAAAUUGAUUAUAUUGAUGUAGUGUACAUUAUAUGUCUCAUUAUAUAACAACACACACACUGCAUAUAAUAUAUACAUAUGUAUAUAUACAUAUAUAUAUAUAUAUAUUAUAAGCAGACUUAAAAAUACAGUAUUACUAAAUGUGGCUUAAAAGCUGCAUUAGAUUUACAAAAUUUAAAAGACUACAAUCCAGGACUGAUAUAUCUUGUACCUCUUUUCUGCACUGAUAGUUAUUGUAUAUUUCAAUAGUUGCAUUAGUAUUAUUAAAUGUUCAUAGUAUUGAUAAUAAAUAAAUAUAUCAUA